UCGAAGACGUAAAAUCCAGGCGUCCCCACGCUGUGCCGCUGAAGGAAAGCAGUCCAUGCUGUUUAUACGAGUUGAAUUAUUACUUUAAUAUCGUAAUAAACACAUUAAACUGCUCAGGAUGAGUGUCUCUAUGCCACAGAAGCGAUAUUACCGCCAGAGAGCUCACUCCAACCCCAUGGCAGAUCACACAUUCGAGUACCCUGUUUGUCCUGAGGAGAUGGACUGGUCACAGCUGUAUCCUGAAUAUUUUACCCCACUGCAGGAAGAAGAGCAGGGAAAGCAGCUGGAUAAUAGAAAAGCUCGAGUGGAGUUUGCUGAUAUUGGCUGUGGAUAUGGAGGACUGCUCGUGGAGUUAUCACCACUGUUCCCAAAUCAGCUGAUCCUGGGUCUGGAGAUCCGGGUGAAGGUUUCAGACUACGUUCAGGACCGCAUUCGCUCUCUUCGAGCUGCCGAGCCUGGCCAGUAUCAGAACAUCGCCUGCCUCAGGAGUAACGCUAUGAAGUACCUUCCAAACUUCUUCAGUAAGGGUCAGCUCAGCAAGAUGUUCUUCCUCUUUCCGGACCCACACUUCAAAAAGACAAAGCACAAGUGGAGGAUCAUCAGUCCCACGUUGCUCGCUGAAUACGCCUACACUCUUAGAAUUGGGGGUCUGGUCUACACUAUGACAGAUGUGGAGGAGGUGCACCUGUGGAUGGUGAAGCAUUUUACGGAGCAUGCUCUGUUCAGCAGGGUGUCGGAGGAGGAGCUGAAGGAUGACGUCAUCAUCACUCGUCUGGGAACGUGUACGGAGGAGGGGAAGAAGGUGCAGAGGAACGGAGGGCAGAACUUCCUGGCAGUUUUUCGCAGAGUGGAAGAUUCCUGCUGAGACGGGACACUGAGCAGGAUGGUGGGCAUCAGGGGCGGAGCUGAGGGCGGGUUCAGCCUAAUGAGGACAGGACUCCACUGGGCACCACUGUUAACUGUGGGGAACUGUUCAUAAGAUUACAUGACACCUACAUUACCUUCAUCAGCUUCAUGAUGACUGACUUAAACCUACAUAAACAUUUCUAUAUAUAUAUUUUUUUAUUAUUAGUAGUAUUUGAAUUGACACUAAUUACAAUAUAAAAUGGUAAAAUGAAUCAAAAGAAAAAAAAACUAAAAAGAGGAGAAAAAAUACUAGAACGACACAAUACUUGCAUAAUAAUACAGCUUAUAAUAAACAGUCGCAAGGCUACACUUAAACACAUGUAGGAUAAAAGGAGCAUAGCUAUUUUUAAAUCGCAGUUUAGUAAUUGCUUUUUUUAAGUAAGAAAACGAAAUAUUUUUAUUUAUAUAGUUAAUCAAUUAAAUGGUGAAAAAGCAUCCAAAUCAAAACAUUCAAAACCUGCAAAAAGCAUGUUUGGUUUGGGGUUUUCAAGUAUAUACACUAGUACAUCUGGAAAAAUAAGAAUAUCAUAGGAAAGUUACUUUAUUUCAGUAUUUCAUUUCAAAAUAUAAAACUCAUAUAGAUGUAUUACACACACAGUGAUCGUUUUUUUAAGUGUUUAUUUCUUUUAUUGUUGAUGAAUAAUUAUUACAGCCAAUUAAAACCCAAAAAUCAGAACAUUCCUAGAAAAAGUAUCAGAAAAUUAUAAUAUUAUAUAUAAGACCAUUUGGCACUUUUGUGAAACGAAAUCCUCAUCUCCAUAAAAGUUAUCAGCAGAGGGAACCAUCACUGAUUGUGGAAACUUCACAAUAGACCUCAAGCAGUUUGGCCCUACUUGUCUCUCCUCUCUUCCUACAGACUCUGCUCCCUUGAUUUACAAAUUAAAUGCAAAGUUUACUGAUGAUCAGUGAUGGUUUGGAAAGCAAUGGUUUAAAGAGAAUGAUAUUUAAUUUUUGGAGAUGCACUAUUUUUGUUUCCAACAAUUAGUUUUUAUUUUGGACCAAAAAUAAUAAUUUAGGUUCUUUUUGUGUGUUGAAGAGGAUUAAGCAUUUAUGGAUGUUUAUGUAGGGUUGUUUAGUAGUUGUGUAGUCUUUAUAAACAUUUCCCUACAGUAAACUGAUUUUGAACUUGGUUCAAAAACAACUAGUACAGUCAUUCACAACUGCAGGACUGUUUUACUAUUUAAAUUUAUUUUGCUGUACUGUAUUUUCAUGAUUUUAUUGUAAUGGUCUUUAAAAUAAAUCUAAAAAGAACUUUUUA